AUGCUGGCGCCUCUAGUGGCGGUGCUGGCGCUCGUCAGCGUGGCGUCGACAUCAGCUCAGGUCCCGCGCAUCGUCGGCGGCACCAACGUGUCGAUCGAACUCGUGCCGUGGCAGGUGUCCGUCCAGAUAGGAGACAAACACUUCUGUGGUGGUUCCAUCAUCAGCAAGUCCUGGGUGCUCACCGCGGCCCACUGCAUCCGUAUGUAUUACAGUUACCGGAUUCGCGCCGGCACCGCCAACUUGAGAACAGGCAGGCUAUACGACGUCAUAGAGAAAAAGAUACACGAGAGAUACAACAUGCUGGCGUACGACUGUGACGUGGCGAUCUUGAAAAUACGGGGAGAGUUUCGGCUGGGAAAGAAGGCCAAGGUAUGUGCUCGUCCAGGUAGGGUUAGAUUAGAACCAAUCAGUAAACACAUGGAAAAACGCGCUAAACCUCAUGUCAGCGCCGUAGCAUUGCAAGCAAACGUAGCAGCGGGUGCUUCAGUGAUGGUGUCUGGGUGGGGGGCGAUGGUGGAGGGGGCCAGCACGACCAACUUCCUGCGCGCCACCACUGUGCAGGUGGUCUCCCUGAGCGAGUGCCGGAGCUGCUACUUCAGCGAGGCGCUCACGAGCAACAUGGUGUGCGCCGCCGUGCCCUCUGGCGGCAAGGACGCGUGCCAGGGCGACAGCGGCGGCCCCCUCGUCCACGGCAAGAAACUCGUCGGAGUCGUCUCCUUCGGCAAGGGGUGCGCGCGACCCUACUACCCGGGCGUCUAUGCGGACGUGGUUUCGCUACGCAGCUGGAUCACCGAAAACACCGACAUCAAAUAA